CACAAGGAAGCAAGCCACCUCUCUCUGAGCUGCAGGGUGGACUAGGUCCGCUCCCCUUUCUGUUAAUAUCUCGGCACAUUCACUGACUGGGAUAAAGUGUGAACAAGCGAUGGAAAACUCGUCUGUAGCGUCGGCCUCCUCAGAAGCUGGAAGUAGUCGUUCUCAGGAGAUCGAGGAGCUGGAGAGGUUCAUCGAUAGCUACGUUCUGGAGUACCAAGUCCAGGGACUGCUGACAGACAAGAUUGAGGGGGACGGGGAGAACGAGAAAUCCCAGUCCAAUCUAUCCCAGUGGACGCUGGAGUGUAACGAACAGCUGGAUGUAAACCGAACGUCGCCAAAAAGGAGAGGACCUUCCUAUAACCACAAUCAGAAUGGAAAUAAAGAGGGCUCCCCAGACAUGCUUGGAACAGAGAUUUGGGCAGCGAGUACAUUUGACUCAAUAAGUGGAGCGACGUGGGACUUGCAGCCAGAAAAACUCGACUUCACUCAGUUUCACAGGAAGGUCCGCAACGCCCCAAAGCACCCCCUGCCUCAAAUAGACCGCGAAGGGUUUGGUAAAGGGAAGUGUGAAGAGGGAGAUGAGAUUAAUCUGAAUGACAUAGAGAAAGUGCUGCCCACCUGGCAGGGAUAUCACCCGCUGCCUCACGAAGCAGAGAUCGCACACACCAAAAAGUUAUUCCGGAGGAAAAGAAACGACAGGCGGAAACAGCAGAAAUCGCAAGGAGCGAACAAGCCGGCCCAACACAACGAGCACCAACCAACUACUGCCAAACACAACAGCAGGGAGCACCAGAAGCAGUACCAAGGAAACCAGGCACCGCACUCCUCAGGCAAGCAGGGUCACCACGGUUACAGCCAAAACCGCCGAUGGCACCACAACCAGAAGCACCCGCCAAACGACAAAGACUCCCAGAAAUAUGCCAAAGAGAUGGACAGCCUGAAGAUAGAGGACACUACAGUUUGCACAGUACACAUCCCGCUGGAAGUACAGCGCAGCCCAGAGACUGCACAGGAACAGCCGCAGCAGAACAGCACGCCAGAGUCCGAGGCCAAAAGGAAAGACAGUAUUCAGGGCAGAGAGCGCGACCGGCCUAAAGUGACUCUGCUCCAGUCCUCCAAAGACCGGCUGCGAAGACGGUUAAGAGAGGAGGAGGAGUACGCAGUCGAGUCCACCAACCCUCAAAAGACCAAAAUGGACAAACUGAUAGAAAUAUUAAACAGCAUGCGGAAUAACAGCAGUGACGUGGACCACAAGCUGACCACGUUCAUGGAGGAGGCCCAGAACUCGGCCAACUCGGAGCAGAUGCUGGGGGAGAUUGUAAAGACUAUUUAUCAGAAAGCUGUGACAGACAGAAGCUUUGCACACACCGCUGCCAAACUCUGCGACAAGAUGGCUCUCUUCAUGGUGGAGGGGACCAAGUUCCGGAGUCUUCUCCUCAAUAUGCUUCAGAAGGAUUUCUCUGUUCGAGAAGAGCUGCACAAGUCAGAUGUGGAGAGCUGGCUGGGUUUCAUCACCUUCCUGUGCGAAGUGUUAGGCACCAUGAGGAGCAGCGCGGGGGAGCCUUUCCGAGUCCUCGUGUGCCCCAUCUACACCUGCCUUAGAGAGCUGUUACAGUCCUACGACGUGAAGGAAGAUGCAGUGCUGUGCUGUUCUAUGGAGCUGCACAGUACCGGCCGCCUGCUGGAAGAACAGCUGCCAGAAAUGAUGUCCGACCUCCUGGCCAUCGUGCGGGACAAGAUGCUGUCUCCUUCAGAGUCCAUGUUGACACGGUCCCUAUUGCUGGAGGUCAUCGAGUUGCACGCCAACAAUUGGAACCCACUGAUGCCAAGCAUCACGCAGUACUACAACAAGACCAUACAGAAACUCACAGGAUUUUACUACAAAAUAACACCCCCCUCCCCCUUCUCCGUCAUUGCAUAUUGCGUUGUGCAAGAACUCAACAACAGGAUAGCUCUAGGAGAUUGCAGGAAGGACUCAACAUUAGAUCUUCGGAAGCAGCGUGCACUACAGUUCUUGGCCUUUGCAGAGCAGCGUGCACUACAGUUCUUGGCCUUUGCAGAGCAGCGUGCACUACAGUUCUUGGCCUUUGCAGAGCAGCGUGCACUACAGUUCUUGGCAUUUGCAGAGCAGCGUGCACUACAGUUCUUGGCAUUUGCAGAGCAGCGUGCACUACAGUGCUUGGCAUUGGCGGUCUGUAGGACGAUGCAAAUUGUAUCUGUGGUGAGCUCCAGACUGAAUACUCUGGCCAAGAAAUUAAAUUACGUAGAGGAGCGAAAGCAACGUUCUCUUCCAAAAAUAAGGUUUAGGGUUAGUCUGCGUAGGGUAAGGAAUAAAGAUCAACUGGUGUUUGUUCUACAGAUUUCACUGGUGGUUCUGAAACGGAGGAGCCACCGGCACCUCCAGCCUGGCUCUCUGGCUCCGUCAGACCGACCCAAUGCACUUAAAGCUAAAGCGUUCCACGUGACAGCACUGGGCCAAUCAGUGGAGCCUUAUCUUCUAAAGGGCUUUGCUUUCGGUGGGCGGGAGGUGGGGAGACGACGGGAAGGGCCAGAUAAUGAAGUGUCUGUGCGCGGCUAUCACACGGCCUUUCAGCUGCAUCUCGAGGCCGCCUGGAGGAGGAGCGCAGGCCGAGGACUGAACCCCCUGCGCCCACCCCGGCCAUGUGUACAGAGUGCCGCCAGACUGGAAACCACACCGAGCAACCGAAAGACAUACAUAGUACAUAUGUGUUCUCACGCUGCAUAUACCAUAUACUGCUCCGGGAAAUAA